AAAAAAAAUAAAUUCGAAUAAUAUAUAUAUUAAAAGAGAAUCUUUUUUCUUUAUAAUAAUAAUUCAUAUCACGAUAUCACAAAUUGUAAGCAUUAAGUUUUUCUCAGAAGUUCUGGUAUAAAGAAAUCAGUCAAAGUGAUUUUCCUCAGGCAAUACAUCGAAGAUCUCCGAAAGAUUAUUGAGGAGAAAAUGUCACUCAAUCCUAAUGGAUACAAGCUUUCGGAUAGAACCGGAAAACUUACUGCUUAUGAUAUCUUGCCCACCACAGUUACUGCGGUGCCAGAGACUCGAGAGUUUCUAUUGAAGAUUAUUGACGUAUUGCUUGAUUUCGUCAAAGCGACCAAUGAUCGAAAUGAAAAGGUGCUAGAUUUUCAUCAUCCCGAGGAUAUGAAACGUUUAUUGGAUUUGGAAAUACCCGAUCGUGCCGUUACAUUACAGCAGCUGGUUGAAGACUGCGCCACCACUCUUAAAUAUCAAGUAAAAACAGGUCAUCCUCAUUUCUUCAACCAAUUAUCUUGUGGUUUGGACAUCAUUUCAAUGGCCGGCGAAUGGUUAACAGCCACUGCCAAUACUAAUAUGUUCACCUAUGAAAUCGCUCCAGUGUUCAUUUUAAUGGAAACUGUUGUUUUAACAAAGAUGCGUGAAAUAAUUGGCUGGCAGGGUGGUGACUCUAUAUUGGCACCCGGUGGAUCUAUAUCUAAUUUGUACGCUUUCUUGGCUGCUCGCCAUAAAAUGUUUCCCAAUUAUAAAGAGCAUGGAUCGGCCGCUUUGCCCGGUCAAUUGGUUAUGUUUACUUCAGAUCAAUGCCAUUAUUCGGUAAAAUCAUGCGCUGCUGUUUGCGGUCUCGGCACCGAUAACUGCGUAAUGGUUGCGUCAGAUGAACGAGGACGCAUGAUAACCAAAGAACUUGAACGUCUUAUAUUAGAACGCAAGGCCAAAGGACAUGUACCAUUCUUUGUUAAUGCUACUGCCGGCACCACUGUCUUGGGAGCCUUUGAUAAUUUGAACGAAAUUGCCGAUAUAUGUCAAAAGUAUAAUUGUUGGAUGCAUGUCGAUGCCGCUUGGGGUGGUGGUCUUUUACUUUCGCGUCGACAUCGUCAUCCCAGAUUUACCGGAGUUGAAAGAGCCCAAUCUGUUACUUGGAAUCCACAUAAACUAAUGGGGGCUUUGCUCCAAUGUUCGACCAUACAUUUCAAAGAAGAUGGUCUUUUAAUUAGCUGCAAUCAGAUGUCAGCCGAAUAUCUCUUUAUGACCGAUAAACAGUACGAUAUUAGCUACGAUACCGGUGAUAAGGUUAUACAAUGCGGUCGUCAUAACGACAUAUUCAAGUUAUGGCUGCAAUGGCGCUCCAAGGGCACCGAAGGAUUCGAACGCCAACAGGAUCGUUUAAUGGAAUUGACCCACUAUCAGGUGAAACGCAUUAAAGAGCAAUCAGAUCGUUUUCACUUGAUUAUGGAACCAGAGUGCGUUAAUGUUUCCUUCUGGUAUGUACCUAAACGGCUACGCGGAGUACCUCAUGACAAAAGGAAGGAACAAGAAUUGGGAAAGAUUUGCCCCAUCAUAAAAGGACGCAUGAUGCAAAAAGGUAGUUUAAUGGUCGGCUAUCAGCCCGAUGAUCGUCGACCAAAUUUCUUCCGAUCAAUUAUAUCAUCAUCGGCCGUAACCGAACAAGAUGUUGAUUAUAUGCUCGAUGAAAUUCAUCGUUUAGGCGAUGAUUUGUAAAUUAUUUAUAAGCUAAAGUAAAAUCUAAACAAAAAAAUUAAUUUAACUUUAGAUGUUAAUUAAAAGGUUAUUUAGGUUUUUCUCUGAUUUGAUUCAUUGGUUAAUAUGGAAAAAGAAAUGUAAGAAUGAACGAGCACACACCUAUACAUAUAUAUAUAUAUAUAUAUAUAUAAAUAUAUUUAUGAAAAUAUUAAGAUGGUUUCUCCUAAUCAGAAACCUUUAGAUUAUAUAUAUAGAAGAAAAAUAAGCCCAAUAAAUGAUUACAAAAACAAUUUAAUAACCAAGAAGUAUCUUUAAGUCAAAAGCAUAUCACACACUCAUACGCACCGAUCCUUAGCAAAAUUAUAAUCACCAUUUCUUCAUAUGAAUAUCUUUAUAACAUUGUUGAUGUAUUUGUUUAUAUAUUAAUGAAAGCAAAAAAAAAAAA